CCUAGGUCUCAAUAUCCCUUGCACCAGACAUACUUGGCAAACACCAUUUGAGGAGUUGUCUUAUCGAAGAAUGAAUACCUCCGGUUCUUUUCUCACGGGCAUUUCUGCUCUUUUGAUUACUUGAGUCGCACGCUCUCAAUCGUAUGUUUCCUACGCGGUGUGUGGUGUGAGUAUUAUGCUUUGUGCUCCUUCUCUAACCUAGACUCCGCCCCUUCGUUACUUGCCUCUAACACAGCACUGUUUUAGUUGACCGAGUCGGGAUGACACAAACAAUCCUGCGAGUUGGAAUCCUCACAGACGGUGGCCAAGCCAUCAGAAACCUCUAUCUCCCUGCCCUCCGAGCUCUUCAUGAAUCCUAUUACGUCGCUGUUCUUUACGACUCCUCCCAGCUAUGCCCGCAAGACGGCAUCGACGACUACUUGCCUAAAAUUGUCUCCAAUCCAGAUGAUGUUUUACAUGACCCUGCCGUCGACCUUGUCGUGAACUUCAUGCCAAAUGAAUACCAUGAAAUUUAUACCAUUGCAGCUCUGGAAGCGGGUAAGCAUGUGAUGGUGGAAACGCCUGUCAGCCUGAGUAUCCCGAGCGCAAGGCGUAUAAUUGAGGCCGAGAAACGGGCUCCGAACCAGGCGAAAGUCUUUGUGGCCUCUGCACGUCGGCAUGCUCCCUGUUUCGAGAACUUCAAGAAGGAAGCCGCUAGUCUGGAUCGGAUUUAUUAUGCUCGAUGUCGGAAUAUUGCAGGGCCACACUCGGCGCACACAGCUACUACGCCGAAAAACAAACACCUGGCUAAGAGCGGCAGUAUAUCAAACGGGUUGUCCCUCAACGAGCAGCAUGGUGAGCGACUGCGUCAUUGCCUUCUCCGGGAAAUUUUCCAGGGCGAAGAAUUGACUGCAGAGCGCCUCUCCUUGUGUCGAUUCCUGGCAUCUCUGGGGUGCCAUGACUUAGGCUUGAUGCGCGAUACGCUAGGUUACCCUGACGCCAUUUCUAACAUCACAGUGAACGAGCCCUUCUAUUCGGCUGUAUUUCAUUACAAUGGCAGUGUUAGCCGGGGCCAUCAUCCGUUUACUCUGAUAUACGAGACAGGAACCGAUUCCGUACCUCGAUGUGACGCACACCUAGCGCUCUAUGGAAACACCAAGACCGUUAGCAUGCAUUAUGAUUUGCCAUAUGCCCUGGGGGAGCCAUUGCGUGUGGUUGUAGAAACAGCCGAUGACAAGGGUGAGCUGAAAAAGACAGAGAGCGUUAGUAGCUGGGAGGACGCAUACGCCGCCGAGCUCAAGGCGCUGCAUGCGUACUUGACUAACGGGCAGCCUGCCCAGACAACCGCUAAAGAUUCUUUACAAGAUGUCAAACUGUUUCAGACGAUUUUCGAGCAGUAUGACCGGCAGUGCGGCACGAUUAGAACUCCUCUUGGCUAAGUUGUCUUGGGUGAUUUGGAUGAGUCUGCUGGUGAAUUCAUCUGGUGAAACCCUUAUUUGUUAUCGUCUAUGUAUUCCUACUUAUGACUAUUAUAAUAGCCGAAGGGUGGGUGUUAUGGAGGUAUACAGGCAA